UAACCAGGAUGCUAUAUAGGUCACCAAGGCCUAGAUAUGCAAGACCACCUCCAUAUUCUCCUAAGCCGCUACAUGACGGCUAUCAGUGGGAUACAGCACAUUGUGAUGGCAAUCAAAACAGUUUUCCUAUUCACCCCUCACGAAAUGGAAAUAGUCACCAUCCUCUCAGGGGACUCAGACCUACAGCAGGAUCUUAUCCAAGGCACAGCAUACAACAACCUCCAAUAAGAGCUCCAAUGAGAGCUCCAACUCGAGUGCAGAGACCUCCUUUUCACACACAGAGACCUCCAUUUCAAGACCACAGACUUUCGCUUGAUGGACAGAGUCGUCCACCACAAUUUUAUUAUUAUAUUAGACCUCAACAGCAUCAGCUUCCUCCCCAGUUAAAUUCUAGUUAUGGUUAUUACAGAGAUGCUUAUUGGACUGAGGAAUCUGAGUAUGAUCCUUACAACAUAGAAACGGGACAGAGUCAAGACCUCUACGAUCCAUACAAUUUAGAAUCAGAUGUUGUGCCAUAUAAUACAACACAAACCAACGACUUGACACUGGUAACAAACAAAUCAGAACCAGUGGUUAACGCCUGGACCAACUCGUCCUCAGAACCAGUGGUCAGGAAUAAAGAGUUGGAUGAUUGGGUGCCAUCAUCAGCCGAGACCAGGGUUACCCCGGCAGCUGGGGAUAAAGAGGUGUCAUAUGAAGAGUAUGAGAAAUGGAGGCAUGAUAAAGGGGUUGGGUUUAAGGGAGGUGUUGGUAUAAAGAGGAAGAUGCACAAAGCUCCUAAGGGGGUGUUUACUGCAGCUGGUAAACAUCCUAUUGGUGCUCUCAAGGAGAAAAUACCCACUUGUGAAUUUACCGAGGAAUGCCGGGAGAGGAAUGACGAGCUGAAGUAUUGGAAGCUAACAGCCUCUGUCAAGUUCUCUGGCUACAAGUUCCUGGGGUACGGUGUUACGAUGAAGAUUGCUAAAGCUGAAGCUGCUAUUAAAGCUCUGACUUACCUUGAUGUUCUCGGUAUCCCUAAUAUGAUGGAUCACAUUGUGAGUGAGGACUAUCUGGUGAAACAGAAACUGAUGGAAAGUGUACUGAGGGAGGAGCAGGAGCAGGAGGGUGUUGAGGAACCCUGGUAUAUCAAGGUGGACGAUCAAGCGGAGUCCAGUGUCCCUGUUUUCAGACCUCGAGAGUUGCCGACCCCGGAGACGCACCCCACAAUGUUCUUAAACCAGUGGUUUGGGCCAGAGGUCAGGUGUGAGUACGAGAUAGAGAACCCCGGUUUCAAACCACAGAUAUUUUCCUGUACCAUGACUGUUCAGGACAGGUCCUUCCAGGGCUCUGGACCCUCUAAGAAGGAAGCUCAAAGAAUCACAGCUGCUCUGACACUCCGCAGACUAGAAAAGGACCCGCCUCCAAUAGACAACAGAAAGUUAUCCAAGAGAAAAGGGAAAAAACCGAAGAAACCUAAAACUAUGUCGGGGGUUGCUGAUUUUCCUACACUUCCCAGCAAAAUACCACGUUCAGGACUACGGACUGAAGAUACGGUUCCUGUUGGGGAUAGUUCAUCAGGAGGAGCUGUAACGGGUUUUAUACCUGCUGAGAGUAACUCUGUGACGUCACUAGAUGUGACGUCAUCAGAUAUGACGUCAUCAAAAAAUGUUGCAUCUUCAGAAAAUGUCGCGCCACCAUCUGUUGCUUCAACCACGAUCACAACCACUGAGAAAGUGGUUGGAGGCUCCACAAGUAACACGUCCGCUCCUAUACAAAUUCUGAAGAAGCCAAUAGAAAUCAGCAACAACAAUAAAACCAGUAAGCCUAAUUUUAGUGGGAACAAACAGACUUGGAAGAUCGGAGGAAAGAGAACAGAUCAACCCACUGGCAACUACAAUUCUAACAACUUUUCAGCCGAUAGAAACAAUUACAUCUCCUCGAAUAACUACUCUCAUCCUAACAAUAACUGGUCCAUUAAUUCUGACAACAAUAAUUACAACAAUAAUUACAACAAUAAUUACAACAAUAGUUACAACAAUGAUAGUGGGUACAGUGCACAGGGAUAUCAGGGACAGUACCCGCAAGUACCCGCACCAAGCUAUCAGUACCCGCAGGCGGGCUACACCCACACUUCUUACAAUGGGUACAACCCGCCGUUACCUAAUUUCACCCCUCCUCCUCCUCCUCCUCCUCCUUCGUAACCAUGCAGUGUGGCUAAUGCAGUUUAAUGCUUCAUAUUGAAUCUGUUAUUUUGCUGUAAGUCGUAAUUUAUAUGGUUUCAAAACGUUGGAAUUUGAAUUAAAACUUUGGAAUUUGAAUUAAAACUCUGAGGUUAAUUGUUGUUACAAUAUUAUUUGGAAAUAGUCCUUGUGGUCGAAUUUCUUGAUUCCUGCAUUCAUUGUUUUAUGGAUAUUUUUGUUUUUGUGAUCAUAAUAAUAUAAUAUAUUUGGGAAUACAGCUCGUCUGAAAUGAUUCUCUCAUUUAUGGAUCUUGUCAGCAAAACAUUCAAUUGAUUUAAAAAUUACAAUACGAUUACAAUACGAUUUGCUAACUUAAAAUAUGAAAUACAAUUAGCUAGAAAAUGGGAAAGAUAAAGAAGGGCAAGGGCUCCAGAAUCUCACAUCCUUACGUUGCUAAAGUGCAAAAUGAUUCCAAUCUAAAUGCUUUAGAUGGCCCACCAAAGAAAAGUGUGGAAAAGUCAGAAAAGAAAGACGCUAUCACGUGUCUGAAGAACGAACUGAAACCUAAAACUAAGAAAAAGAGGAUGAAAGAAAAGAGUCAGAAAUGGAAGGAGAAAUUGGAAAAUAUUAAAAAAGCUAAAGAUGAAGAGAUAGCUAAAGCUAAGCGGGAGAAGACUAAGAUAACUGGGGACAUGCAGCCCUUAUCAAACGAACUAACAUCAAUAUUUAGCAGUAUAAUGGCCGAUAAGAAAAUUAAUCUCAAUAUUCGGCCAACUGCUAAGCAAGAUGACACUCCUUAUAAUCCAUUCCAAUCAAACGUGGACCACUUCAAAUCAGUUUUAUCCAACAAGAACUUCAAAGAUAAUCCCUUGUCAGCUGUAAAAGCACACAUCCUAAGAACUAAUGCUAUGCAUAGGACUUGAAUACGACUUUUUUAAAGGAUUCCUUUCAUUUUGGAAUGGUUAUAUAUUCUGAUAGUUUACAUGUUUUAGAUUUCUCAGAUGAAUUAAAGAAGCUGGAUUUGUUAACCUGUCAAUCUCCAUCUGAAGGUGUAAAAUCCAU